GCGUUCGAAUUUUACGUCUAAUUGCAAUUAUAAAAAUCAGACUAAUAUGAAAUCAACUUUGCUUUCUAUUUCUAUAAAUAUAUUAAGCGUAAUAGCAGCAUAUAUAUAGAGCAACCGUUUUCUUAGAAUCUCUAAUAGCACAUAUAUCCAGCGCCACUUCGAUACGAUGCUGCGCGUUAAUCAUUCGAUAUAAUCGAUUAGAUGAGCCUCGAUGUGCUAUCAUUAGCUUUAUUGUGUUUAAUUUCGUUCGACGAGUGAAUAGUGCCUUCUUAAAAUCCUCUGUUGAACCCUUCCACUUGACACAGUUCCCAUAAUUUUUUUCCUCUGGUCUGCUUUGUUGAGGGGAUAGAUUUAUCACAAAUAACAGAAACUCUAAUAAUAAGAAUCUGUUCGAUAACUGAAAUUAGUAGUAACAGUAGUUUCUUGGACUGAAAAAAAGAAAAAAUAAACUUGACACGAUAAAAUAUAUUUGUUUCUUAUGUAUUAUUUCGUGAGAAUAUUUGUAAUUUGGGUUGGAAAGUAUUAAAUUCGUUUAUUAUAUGAAUACGAUUAUAUUCAAGUACUUGCAUUACCAUAUCCAGCUUUGAGUGCAAUUAGUCGCAAAUUCUCGAUGCUUUAUCCGUACUACGCAUUACGUAUUGGUAAUUAUCCGGAUGUGCUUAUAACGAUAACAUCGUAAUACCAGUUUUUUUUUUCCCCCCCCCUCUAAUUAUUCGCAUUCACGUGAAAACAAAAUUAUAGGUGCAGAAUUUUGAAUAAUACCUGCAUUUGUGCGAUUUAUGUGUAAAAUGUGAUGGUUAAGUACUUCGCAAGAUAUAAUUUUUUAGUUUAUAGUAUUGCAAUCUUUUGUACAUUAAUAAAUUUAACAGUGCAUUGAUUAACUAGCUGUUUUAUUAUAAUAAAAAAAGUUCCGUAUUAAUUAUUUUUAUAACCCAUUAAGCCAUUAUGAACUUAUGGAGAAAUUAACAAUUAUUAAAUGUAUAUCUAUAGAUACGACGUUAGAUACGUUUUUCCUCUAAUCUCAUUUUUCACGUAAUCCUAUUUCUCUUUAUUGACACGCUUCGUAAUUGAUGAUUUCGUAAAAAGAAAUGGUAAUAUAAAAUUUCGACUUUGAAAAAUAAUACAAAUAUACACGUAAAUAAUAGAAAUGUUUGAAGAGAGAGAGAGAUUUACUUCUUUGCAAUUAUACAAAGAAUUGCGUUUUGUGUUCCACUAUUAUAUACAGAGUUUUAUAUAAAAAUGAAGAGAAAUUUUUUUCAUAUUUGCAUAUCAUUAUUUUUGAUACGUGAAAAUAUAUUUUGCGGGAAGUAAGAAAUUGUAUCCCCAUUAUUGUUACUAAUUUUUUUGAUAAAUGUAUUGCUUAACGUACAUUCGUAUGCGUCCUAUACUUGAGACACAUUUUCACACGAUCACAGUCUCAUUUGCAUUAUCGUCCGUCUGACCCGUCGAAAAUACUCGAGUGUGGAAAUCGUCAAGUCGAAAAAUGAAAUAUCAGGUCCUCGAAAAGACUAUACACGAAUAACGUGUCGCCCCGUUAUUAAAUGCAAAAGUCACAAUCGGCGCGAGUGUAUCCUCAUGCGUGUGUUUUCUCACGCUUGCCGGAGACUUCCUGCGAGACCCAUUAUUCACUACGCCAGUAGUAAAUCCCCGCUUCCCCGCGAGCGAAUCUUCGUCGCACUUCCGUCUCUGUUCUCAUUAGUUUUUUUUCCUAUUUAUAAUUCUCUUUAUUUGUUUCGUUCAGCAUCCAUUGGUUUUUUUCCUUCGCGGACAUACAUUCUCCCAUUGCUCCCACCAGCCACGUUGCUAUCAACCUCCGUUCACGAAGAUACUGAAGACACGAGUCGGCUCGAUCCUCUUCCCUCUCGAUACAAUCGCCCUUCCGUUCCAGACCGAACUAACUUGCCCGUAUGCAUUUGCGUUCGUUCUGUUCGCCAGUCGACGAUGUCACAGUCGGGGGAUGGCCUUCACACACCGAGUUAUCUGUCGUGGAGGAAACUACAGCUCAGCCGUGCCAAACUCAAGGCAUCGAGUAAAACGUCAGCCCUGCUCUCCGGUUUCGCUAUGGUUGCCAUGGUGGAGGUUCAGCUGAAUUCCGACACGCAGGUUCCUCCAGGAAUGCUGAUCGCCUUCGCUGUGUGCACGACCUUGCUGGUUGCCGUGCACAUGUUGGCGCUCAUGAUAUCGACGUGUAUUCUACCCAACAUAGAAGCCGUCUGUAAUUUGCACAGCAUAAGCCUCGUGCACGAGUCGCCGCACGAACGUCUGCAUUGGUACAUCGAGGUAGCAUGGGCCUCUUCCACAUUGCUAGGACUGUUAUUGUUCCUGUUGGAGAUCGCGAUACUUUGCUGGGUGAAGUUCUACGACUUUUCGCAAAAGGCCGCAUGGUCGGCCUGUAUAUUGCUCAUACCGGUGCUGAUAAUCUUCAUCGUAUUCGCGAUACAUUUUUAUCGAAGUCUCGUGGCACACAAAUAUGAAGUUACGGUUUCCGGCAUACGGGAACUCGAAUUACUUAAAGAACAAAUCGAGUCCACAGACGUGGAGGGCAGAAACGGCGUGAAUCUCUUGCAGACCGCUGGAGCGACGCAUAUCGUUUAAGUUCAGUAUCUCCUCCGCCGGAGAAGAGCUUAGAUUUUAAAAUGAUAGACGGUUAAAUAAUGAAGCCCAUUCGACACGUUUGAAGUUGUAUAUGACUGCAAUGGGUGUCAACUAGGAGGCGCUACGCCGCUACAGGGUCGACGAGCGGGAUAUUUCUCGCCGUGAUAUUCGUAUCGAAUCCUAUCUGGUGGGAAGCGUAGUCGUUUUACGAGAUAGUGCAAUUUACUCGAAAAAAAAAACAUGACAAGCAAUCAGCCUUUUACAUACACAUUGCUCAGCAUCACUGUGAUGUUAGAAGAAUUCGGUCAUAUUGAUGAAUACAAUUUUCCUUUUUUUUUUUUAACUAUAAUUCGGAAAUAUCCGAUAGACAUAUGUUUUCUGUGAUGUAAAUUAACAUUAAGAUGAGAUUUUGUUUGUUAACAUAUAUAGGAACGUCAUGGGAGCGUUAUGCCAAUUUUGCCAGUUUUCAUCUCUCUUCUAGAGAAGAAGCUGAAAGUUCGAUAACGUUAUUGUAUAUAUAGACACAUUUGCGAAACAUUCCUUUAUCCAUGUUGCGAAUCAAACUUAAGAGGAAUAAUACGCUUUAUUUAAGAAUAUGUAUAUAGAAUAUAUGAAGUCCGUCACCGAGUAUCGCCGCAUAGCUCGGACAGCGAUAAUAAGGCUCCUAAGAGCCAUAGGAGCCCGAAAUACUUUCUAAUCAAAAAGCGAUACAGAUGCUUACGUUAUUAAAUGUAUUUAUUUUUUCGAGAAAAACGUACUCAUAUUUCGCCUAGGUCGGCACGAUCAACGGCCAAUGGAUUCUUUAAGUAUUUCACACGAUAUCUGUUGCUAUCAGCAGAUGGUCGGCUCUCAUGUCACGAUACAAAUGCGCCGCCAAGCACGAUAUAAAAUGUAUCUUUCUUAAGACAGAUAUAUGUAUUUCAUAUCGCGAUAUUUUUUGCAAUCAAAAUUUCGAUACGUACGUAUAUACUCCCUCGAGCAUACGUAUGUUACAACUGCCGUAAAAGGCGACUUUUACUACGACUAACGAAGAAUUUAUAAUCUCGGCGAAACACGCACGGACGAAAGUCAUUACCGGGAAUAUUAUUGUCCGCGACGGUAUGACAGUGAUAGCGAUUACAGUUGCCAAAAUAAAUAGUCUACAUAUGAAAUCA